AUGGCCGCCGUGUCCGGCCAGAUCUCCCCCACGGACGGGAUGGAGGGACAGAGCAUCCGUAAGCGACCUCGCCCGGUCGUGUCAUGCCUGCGUUGUCGCAAGAAGAAGCUCAGAUGUGACCGAGUCGUGCCCUGCGAGAACUGCUCCAAGUCGGGCUGUGCCACCGACUGUGCGUUCUACCAGAGCCCCGAGAGUCUGGAGGGAAAUGGAAUCCCCGAGCCCAAACGCAUGCGUAUGUCUAGCGAGGCGGGCAACCCGCAUUCCGCCGACUCUCGGAACGAGCCGGUGAAGGCCUCAGGCACCGGCAUUCUCGAGGACCUACAGCAACGCCUGGUCAAGAUAGAGGAGUUGCUAUUCAUUCGGCCCAAAGUGCAUCUCAAUAGGCGGAUCGAAGCCUCACUGAAUGAUGCGAACCCAGCAUCGGGUCACGUUGCCUCACCCAUUGAUGGGCCUUCAUAUCUGGGGACGUUGGUGGUUAAAGGGACACGCACCCGAUAUCACGGCCAGAACAACCGCAUCACCUUGUUGAAGCAGUUCGCAGAAGCGAAAGUAUUCAUUGACCAGUGCACCAAAGACCCGAGCAUUGCGGGACUAGCCAAGGAGGUGCAGUUCCUGCAGAGCAAGUCGAAGCUGUCGCUGAACUCACCCGAGUCUAUCUCCGACUUGGACUGCUCCCCGGAGUUGCUCCAGAUGCAGGCGUGCCUCCCACACAAAGCAGUUUGUGACCGGCUAGUCGACCUCUACACGUCCAACUUUGAGAAGACGUUCCGCAUCCUCCACAUCCCGACUUUCCUUCGCCAGUACGCUAACUUCUGGGCGAACCACGAGUCGAAUAAGGAUAGAUUGUCCGCAUUUCUUCCCCAGCUCACGGCUGUUUUGACCGUCGCCUUGCCACUGGAAGAUCCGGACUUCCGACAGGAUCAGGUCGCCGUGUGGGAGUACCUGCAGACACCAGCUGUCAACCUCGUGAGGACGUGGAUGCAAAAGCUGGGUCGCAAGCAGCGGACAGAGCUGUGCACCCUACAAGUCGAGGCUCUUGUGCUGCUAGCCCGUCAAGUACGGCUAGUGUCGCCUGAGGAACUGUGGCGUGCCACGGGGAUGCUGGUGCGUUCCGCCAUGGUCAUGGGCCUGCACCUGGAUCUGUCCCAAUGUCUGGAUCUUUCGGCAUUUGAAGUAGAAAAACGUCGUCGACUCUGGAUCACAAUUGUAGAAAUGGACCUUCAGGCAUCUAUCUUAUCCGGCAUGCCGGUCACCAUUCCCAAUCUGGAUUUCACACCCCUCACCCCAGCGAACCUGAAUGACGUGGAUAUUAGCGAGUCAAUCACUGAGCUGCCCCCUGCGAAGCCCUUACAUGAGUGGACAGAUGCCCUGGCGCAGGUUAUCUUAGCAACAUCGCUGCCUCAUCGCAUCCGGGCCAUGUCCCUCGUGCAAACCACUCGUCCAGAUCUGAGCGAGACUCUCCAGCACGGGCGGCGGGUGGAAGAGUGUCUCCGACGGAUACCAUCCUCUCUCAGACUUGAUCACAGACCACCGAAAGGUGACAGUCCAGCAUUAUUGCUAAACCGUGUGCUCUUGGACAUCUGCAUUCGCCGGCCGCUCUUAUGUCUCUACCGGCCGAUUAUCAUGGGCGAGAGGUGCGAGGACCCACUAUUCCUCGAAGUCCAGCAGGCUUGCCUCGAGUCGUCGCUCGUGGUGCUCUCCUACCAGGAUUACUUCGACCCCAGUGUGGCGGACCUCGACUUCUUCAAGUCCACCGCCUACUGGGAGGUUUUCAAACGGCUUUGCAGGAAUGAUAUCUCGUGGGCGGCACUCAGCGUCUGCGGGUACAUGAAGUUAUCUAGCCAGCAACAGUCUACCGUGCAGACCCCGGCAUCAUCGAUGCAGGAGGCUUCUCCAGCCUCGCGAACCCCAACUCACACUAAGGCCAGUCUGACGCGCCUUGUUGAGAACACGCUGGACGGCCUGACCCGCACCAUCGGCGAGACUGGUGGCAACUUGAAGGAUGUCCUCCUGCUGGCGGUGGUGCUGCAAUCGGUCCGCGCGCGGGGGUCGGCCGAACUCAAGGAACAGUGGAUGCAGCAAGGGGCGAUGAAGGCCCUCUCGGCGUGUCGCCAGCAUCUCCUUCCGUCCGUCUCGCAGCAGUCGUAUGCGUAUACCCUGGAAGAAUUCGCACAGAUGUUCCGAGCCACACGUAUGUUCCCGUCGACGACUGAUGCUGGGUGCACGCCCACCUCGCAACCACAUCUGUCGGAAUUCCUGGCCGAGUCGUCCGCGCUGGCGACGGAGUUUAGUAACUUCCAGGGGGAUCCAUUUGCAUUUGAGGAUGGGUCUUUUGCAUGGAAUUUCAAUCCCAGCGUAUAG